AUUUAAGUCAAUAUACGUAAAAAUUUUAGGUUAUUGGUUAUUAGAAUUGUUCGUAUAGUGAUAACAUUUUGUACUUACUAACAAACACUUUAACAUUUAUAAAAUGAUUAAACCAAUUUAUUGCAAUUUACUUUUAAUAUUUUCGUGCUUAGUAUAUGAAGCGUAUGGAAGUCAUCCAUAUAAUGAUUCACUAUCGUCAUCAACAACGAUAAAUGAUGCAGAAGAAAGUACAGCAACACUAGAAUCAGCAACACAACCACCACCACCACGCCAUAGAAGGAAGUCAUUUAGUUCAACCGAUGGUGUAAGAUAUGGCAGAUUUCAUAGAUCAGUUCAAGAUAAUAGAUUUACUAACAAUAUUAAUCCGUAUAAUGAUUCAUUAUCGUCAUCAACAACGGUAAAUGAUUCAGAAGAAAAUACAACAACACUAGAAUCAGCAGCACAAUCACCGUCACCACGUCAUAGAAGGAAAUCAUUUAGUUCAACCGAUGGUUUAAGAUAUGGCAGGUUUCGUAGAUCAGUUCAUGAUAAUAAAUUUCCACGUCGUAUGAAUAGAAGAAUGACUACGCCACCACCACGUCCUUUAAAGAAAUCAUUUAGUUCAACUGAUGCUUUAGGAUAUGACAGAAAUCGCAAAUCAGUUCAAGAUAAUAGAUCUACUAAUAAUAUUAAUCCGUAUAAUGAUUCAUUAUCGUCAUCAACAACGGUAAAUGAUGCAGAAGAAAAUACAACAACACUAGAAUCAGCAGCACAAUCACCGUCACCACGUCAUAGAAGGAAAUCAUUUAGUUCAACCAAUGGUUUAAGAUAUGGCAGGUUACAUAGAUCAGUUCAUGAUAAUAAAUUUCCACGUCGUAUGAAUAGAAGAAUGACUUUGACACCACCAUGUCUUUUAAGGAAUAACUUAAGGAAAAGUAUGAGAAAUACAAAGCAACCGAUGUUUAGACUAAGCUCGUUCAAUAGGUUUGGGCAUAGUUUCAAUGAAGAUAGCGAUACUCAAGAAACAGAAAGCCCAAAAAAUAUGAGGUUGGGUUCAACGGGAUACUUGCCAAUCUCUCCUUCUUUUGGUUCAAGUAAUGGAAUACCGGAUAUGGAUUCAGAAAAAAUAAAACCAAAUUAUCCGUACUCAGAACCUAUUGGUGUAAGCAAAGACGAAGCUAAUGAAAUUCGAAAUGAUGUCCUUCAAAAAUCUAAUUUUUAUAGAAAUAAAUUUGAUCUUGAGCCAUUUACUUUGGAUGAUCAGUUGAACAAUUGCGCUCAAAACUGGGCUAAUUAUAUGGCGAAACAACAAUUGUUUGAUCAUAGACCGGAAAAUGUUUAUGGAGAAAAUCUGUACGGAAAUCUAAAUUUGAAAGAUUUAGGUAAAACAGCGGUCGAUUCAUGGUAUAAUGAAAUGUCUCUUUUUACCAUCGGUAACGAAGAAAAUGUUGAUACAUUCCACAUGACACAAUUAUUAUGGAAAGAAUCAACUAAAUUGGGUGUUGGUGUUUCACGAAAUCCUGGAAAUGGCAUGUACUACGUUGUGGCUAAUUAUGAUCCCAGAGGAAAUUUAUUAGACAAUUUCAAAGAAAAUUUACCUGAAAUAACAGAAGAGGACAUUGAAGAAGCAAAAGAAGCAGAUAAAAGACUGAAGGCGAAAAUGGCGAAGCCUGUAGUAAUGAGUAAAUCUUCGGGUUCAUCAAUUCCAUUCAGAUCGGGAUAGCGUAAUUACUGGUAAUAUUUCAAUUAGAAUUAUUCAACAUCUGUAAAAGUCUGAGACUUUUUAAAAUAAUUGUUGCCAGUAUUAUAUAUACUAUAAAAAUAAUAAAAAAAAAUUAUGUAAUAUUAAUUUAAGUGCGUUUAAUUAAAAUUGUAGAUUUUACAAAUAAUACAAUUAUACCUAAUUUAUUAUUAAACAAUAAAAUUUGUAUUUUUAA